AUGGGUCGUGAAAUUAUUUCAAUUCAUAUUGGUCAAGCAGGUGUCCAAGUAGGUAAUUCAUGUUGGGAACUUUACUGUUUAGAACAUGGUAUCGAACGUGAUGGUUCAAUUCCAGCUGAUCGUAAACAAUCAAGUGACGUCAACAACCUCAACAAAGAUUUAGGUACAUUCUUUAGCGAAUCAACCAAUGGUAAGAAAGUUGUCCCAAGAGCCAUCUUUUUAGAUUUGGAACCAACCGUAAUUGAUGAAAUUAGAACUGGUGAUUACAAGAAUCUCUUCCAUCCAGAACAACUCAUUACCGGUAAAGAAGAUGCUGCCAACAAUUAUGCUCGUGGUCACUACACCGUUGGUAAAGAAUUAAUCGAUGUUUGCGUCGAUCGUAUCAGACGUUUAGCCGAUCAAUGUGAUGGUCUCCAAGGUUUCCUCGUCUUCCACAGUGUUGGUGGUGGUACAGGUUCUGGUUUCGGUUCUUUAUUACUCCAAAAAUUAGCUCUCGACUAUGGUGGUAAAAAAUCAAAACUCGAUUUCUGUGUUUACCCAUCACCACAAGUUUCAACCUCUGUCGUUGAACCAUACAAUUCUGUACUUUCAACUCAUUCUUUAUUAGAACAUACUGAUGUUAGUUUUAUGUUGGAUAAUGAAGCAAUUUAUAAUAUUUGUAAGAAUUCAUUAGAUAUUGAAAAACCAACUUAUACCAAUUUGAAUCGUUUAAUUGCUCAAGUUAUUAGUUCAUUAACUUCAUCACUCCGUUUCCCAGGUCAAUUAAAUCUUGAUAUCAAUGAUAUUCAAACCAAUUUAGUUCCAUUCCCACGUCUUCACUUUGUACUCUGCUCAUAUGCACCAGUUAUCUCACGUGAAAAAGCUCACCACGAAACCAUCACUGUCGAUAACAUCACCAGUGCCGUCUUCUCUGAAAAGAACAUUAUGGCCAAAUGUCAACCAAAUCUUGGUAAAUAUAUGGCCUGUUGUUUAAUGUACAGAGGUGAUAUCGUACCAAAAGAAGCCCAAAAAGCCGUUCAAAACAUUCGUUCAGAGAAAUCAAGAAACGUUUCCUUUGUCGAUUGGUCCCCAACUGGUUUCAAAUGUGGUAUCAAUAAUCAAGCUCCAGUUUCAACCAAAGAUAGUGAAAUGGCUGAAGUCAAGAAGAGCGUUUGUAUGUUAUCAAACACCACCGCCAUCUCUCAAGUCUUCUCAAGAAUCAACCACAAAUUCGAUCUCAUGUUUGUCAAGAGAGCUUUCGUCCAUUGGUACGUUGGUGAAGGUAUGGAGGAAGGUGAGUUUGCUGAAGCUCGUGACGAUUUACUUGCUCUCGAAAAAGAUUAUGAAUCUGUUUCUGCCUCAACUGAAGGUGAAGAACAAGAAGAAGAAUAUUAA